AUGGCGCAGCUGUGUGGGCUGAGGCGGUACUGGGCACUCCUCACCCUGCUGGCAUCGCUGCUCCUCUACCGUGAGGCGGCCGACGGAGAAUGUGGCGUUCAUGGAAGCAAGGGCAUCUACUAAGAGUGAGGUGUUUCUCCAGCCACACACAGCUGCACAGACUUUUGCCGAGUUUCGAAGAGUGUGGGGAAAUGCCGGGCCUCCAUCCCUAAGUGGUGGUACAAUGUCACUGACGGAUCCUGCCAGCAGUUUGUGUACGGAGGCUGUGGAGGGAAUGACAAUAAUUCCAUGACCAAGGAGGAGUGUCUUGCAAAGUGUGCUGGUGUCACAGUAAACACCAUCGAUGACCUGUCCAGGAAUGGAGCAGAUUCCUCUGUCCCAAGUGUUCCCGGAAGGCAGGAUUCUGAUGACCUGUCCAGUGAUAUGUUCAACUGUGAAGAACACUGCACUGCCCAGGCCGUUCCUGGGGCUUGCCGUGCAUCCUUCCCACGCUGGUACUUUAAUGCCGAGAAGAACUCUUGUGAUAACUUCACCUACGGCGGAUGCCGGGGCAAUAAAAACAGCUACCCCUCCAAGGAGGAGUGCGUGCAGCGCCGCUUCGGCAAGCAGUUGUGUCCUGCCGUGGCCUGCACUAAAGCGGUGGUCCUGGCAGGGCUGUUCGUGAUGGUCCUGACGCUCUUGCUGGGAGCCUCCGUGGUCUGCCUGAUCAGGGUGGCGCGGAGGAACCAGGAGCGCGCCCCCCGGACUGUGCGGAGCUCUGGGGACGACAAAGAGCCGCUGGUGAAGAACACUUACGUCCUGUGAAUGCCCUGCCGCCAAGGGGCUGCCCUCCUCAAUCCCC